AUGACUUCCCUCGGACAUGGCGUCUUCGUACCUGUUCCAACAUUUUUUGAUGAGUAUGAGGACCUCGAUUUAGAAGCGCUUGACAAGCACAUCAAUUUUUUGGCCCGCUCUGGUAUUGCGGGUAUCGUUGUGCUGGGAUCUAUGGGUGAAGCGGUGAGUUUGACAGAGGACGAAAGAAAACAAGUAAUUCAACAAUGUAUAGUCUCUGUAAAGAAAUACAACCCUCAGUUGAAAGUCAUUGCUGGCACGUCUAGUCAAAGCGCUAGAGUCACAGUAGCUUAUAUUAAAGAUGCAGCAGAGGCUGGGGCUGGUUUCGCUCUUGUUUUACCUCCGUCAUUUUAUAAAGGCAAUAUAACAGAAGACGCUCUUUGUCAAUUCUACACAGCAGUGGCUGAUGAAUCACCGAUACCUAUCGUUGUGUAUAACUAUCCUGGUGUCUGUCAAGGGUUGGAUUUAAGUGUAAAAGUCUUGGUCAAGAUAACCAAACAUAAGAAUAUUGUCGGUGUAAAAGGAACAGAUGGAAAUGUAGGUAAAAUGGCCAACUUGGUUCAACAAACCAAUCCUAAAGAGGUUACGCUACUGGCGGGUUCGGUAGACUUCUUUUUGCCAGAGCUGUUAUACGGCGUUGUUGGUUUGAUACCAGGCGCAGGCAAUGUGUUUCCUACGCUCUGCGUUAAAGUGCAAAAAUUUUUCGAAGCAGGCAUGCUCAAUGAAGCCAUUGCAUUACAAAAGAAGCUGGUUGAAGCUGAUGAUGCUCUUUGUCGAUGGUAUGGUGUUCCUGGUGCCAAAAGCUUCAUUCAGUCUAGAUUAGGAUAUGGCCAAGGUAUUUGUCGUAAUCCUCUACAAAAAAUUUCAGAAAUUCAUGCAGCUGAGAUUGAGGAAGCUGUGGACGAAGCUUGGAAGCUUGAAUUGAUUUACCGCCACCAAUAA